AUGUCAGCCGUGUGGAACUAUUUCAAAGUGAAUGAAGACGACAAAACAAAGGCGGACUGCAAAUUGUGCUCAGCGAAAUUGUCCAAAGAAGGCUUAAAAGGUAGCGCAGCGUUUAACACAAGAAAUUUAAUCAAGCACCUAAAAUCCCAACAUGACAAUGAGUACAAAGAGUUUACCCACGCAUCUAAACCAACACAACCCACGCUGCAGCAAACUCUUGCAAGACGAGAGAAAAUGUCCAGAGACAAUCCACGUGCUGUGAAAAUAACACAGGCAAUUAUCGAGUACAUUGCAUUGAGUGACCAGCCACUCUCGGAGGUAGAAAAUGUGGGAUUCCUGCGUCUCCUCCAUGUUUUGGAGCCCAGAUAUGAUGUCCCAAGCCGCCGCUACAUGACUGACACAGAGCUGCCUAAACUACACGACUCCGUGAAAAAACAUAUCCACAGCCUACUGCAAGCCUCCUCUGCGUUUAGUUUCACCGCGGAUAUUUGGACAAGCAGUGUUAGCCCCGUGUCGCUAAUUAGCCUAACCUCCCAGUGGAUAGACGAGAGUUUCACGCCGCAACGAGCCAUAUUACAUGCGAAACAAUUCCGCGGCUCGCACACCAGCCAGGCUAUAGCGCAUGUGUUUGAGGAAAUGCUCCAGACAUGGGGUAUACCUAAAACAUCAGUACAUGUUGUGCUUCGUGACAAUGCUAAAAACAUGAUUAAAGCCAUGAAUGACGCAGGGCUCCCAAGUCUGCCGUGUGUCGCGCACACGCUCCAACUGGCUGUUCACGAGGGCUUAUUAGCACAGAGGAGCAUAGCUGAUGCUAUAGCAGUGGGGCGGAAAAUAGUUGGGCAUUUUAAACAUUCCGCCUUAGCCUACUCCCGCCUCGAGGACAUUCAGGUACAGCUCAACCAGCCAAUAAAGAGACUGCAGCAGGACGUACAGACACGCUGGAACAGCACGUAUUACAUGCUCCAGUCCCUCAUUGAGCAAAAGCGAGUGCUGGGGGUGUAUGUGUCCGAGCAUGAACUCCCUGGCUAUCUCACCGCUCACCAAUGGGCUCUUAUGGAGAAGACUGUUGCCAUCCUCGCCCCCUUUGAGGAACUAACUAAAAAAGUGAGCAGCUACGACACACUAGCCUCUGAUGUCAUCCCAGCUGUGACUGUGCUAGUGAGACUUCUAAACAGAGAAACAGACGAGGACCACGGCGUCAAGACAAUGAAAGCAACCUUACUGGAAGCUGUCAAGAAGCGCUUCAGUGACGUCGAGACCAAUCCACUGUACUUCAUCUCCACCAUACUUGACCCAAGGUAUAAAGAUCGCUUCUUCUCCAACAACACUGCUCCGGAGGCCAAGCUGCACCUGAAGCAGGAGCUGCAGAUGAUGUCCAGAGCUGAGGCAGAGGAGAGUCAGGCAGAAGCUGCAGAACCUCCUGCUAAACUGUUCCUCAAGGCCCAGGCCAGCACUAGCAGCAGUCUGGACACUGUAUUUGAAGAAAUCGCUAAGGAGCAGCCCCAGGCAGCACAGCCGCUGGCAGCAGGUGCUGCCAUUGAGCUCGACACAUACCUCGGAGAGGCCCCAAGCCCUCGUGAAGACAGUCCUCUGAAGUACUGGGGUGUCAACAAAAUUAGGUUCCCCACUUUGGCUAAAAUGGCCCAGAAAUACCUCUCAGCCCCAUGUAGCAGUGUGGAAAAAUUCCCUUAUAUGAGCUUUACCAACUUCCCUCUUCACAAAUCAGGCUUCUGUGGCUCUCUCCGAUCACCACCUGAGGGCACCCUCUCCUGA